GUGACCGACACAGCCGAAGCCACUUAGCCAGCAGAAACAAGAUACCCAAUAAUCAAACCCAAUAGCCAACGCAAUUGCUCUGUCUUCCACGCCCCAAAACCACACUGCAAAGUGCAAUCACUCUGCGUCUGCCCCUUCCCCACCAUCAAAAGCAGUGAAAUAUAGCCGUUUUUCCCCCACCCUCUUCCCAUUUCCACGCUCUCUCCCCCUGAUAAUGUAAAACACAGCUUCCCACCGGAAUUUUUCACCUCUUAAUUUCUGUUCUGCCCACCAAAACAUUCACACCAAUGGCUCUGUUUGCUUCCCUACCCAUUUUCCUCCUUCCCAUUUCCCUGCUUCUCACCUUCUCCUCUGCAGCAGAUCCGUUUGUUAACUUCGAAUUUGAAGUCUCCUACAUCACUGCUUCUCCUCUGGGAGUCCCUCAACAGGUUAUUGCUAUUAAUGAAAAGUUUCCUGGUCCUACUAUCAAUCUCACUACUAACAACAAUGUAGUUAUCAAUGUCCGGAACAAGUUGGAUGAGAACCUCCUCAUGCAUUGGUCUGGAGUUCAACAGCGGCGAAGUUCCUGGCAAGAUGGAGUUCUGGGAACAAAUUGCCCAAUUCCUCCCAAGUGGAACUGGACUUACCAGUUUCAGGUUAAGGAUCAGAUAGGGAGCUUCUUUUACUUUCCAUCGCUCAAUUUCCAGAGAGCAUCUGGUGGAUACGGCGGAAUUAUUAUUAACAACAGGCCUAUAAUCCCCAUUCCUUUUGCAACCCCAGAUGGGGACAUUACAAUUUUGAUUGGUGAUUGGUACACCCGGAAUCACACGGCUCUGAGAAAAGCCCUUGAUGCUGGGAAGGAUCUUGGAAUGCCACACGGUGUUCUCAUUAAUGGAAAAGGCCCCUACAGAUAUAACGACACUCUAGUCCCUGAUGGUAUCGACCACGAAACAAUUGAAGUUAAUCCAGGGAAAACAUAUCGUAUUCGGGUACACAACGUUGGAAUAUCUACUAGUCUGAAUUUCAGGAUCCAAAACCACAAUCUUCUUUUAGCAGAAACAGAGGGGUCAUACACAGUGCAACAGAACUAUACUAGCUUAGAUAUACAUGUAGGACAGUCGUAUUCAUUUUUGGUAACCAUGGAUCAGAAUGCGAGCACUGAUUAUUACAUUGUAGCCAGUGCUCGAUUUGUCAAUGAAUCUCUUUGGAAACGAGUCACUGGUGUUGCUAUCUUGCAUUACUCUAACUCCAAAGGAAAGGCAGCUGGUCCCCUUCCAGAUCCACCAAAUGAUGAAUUUGAUAAAACUUUCUCCAUGAACCAGGCGAGAUCAAUCAGAUGGAAUGUAUCUGCUAGCGGUGCUCGUCCUAAUCCUCAAGGAUCAUUCAGAUAUGGCUCAAUUAAUGUAACUGAUGUUUACGUCUUGAAAAAUAAGCCUCCCGUGUCGAUCAAUGGUAAAAUGCGGACAACACUAAGUGGAAUCUCGUUCAUUAAUCCAUCCACACCAAUCAGAUUGGCUGACCAGUUCAAGUUGAAGGGUGUUUAUAAGCUUGAUUUCCCCAUUAGGCCGCUCACGGGGCCACCAAGAGCAGAAACUUCAGUGAUUAAUGGAACAUAUAGGGGAUUUAUGGAGGUUAUACUGCAGAAUAACGACACCAAGGUGCAAAGCUAUCACAUGAAUGGAUACGCUUUCUUUGUCGUGGGGAUGGAUUAUGGCGAGUGGACCGAUAAUAGUAGGGGCACAUACAAUAAGUGGGACGGAAUAGCUCGCUCAACAAUUCAGGUUUAUCCAGGAGCAUGGACUGCCAUCUUGAUAUCUCUCGACAAUGUUGGAGUUUGGAACAUCAGGACUGAAAAUCUGGACUCAUGGUAUCUUGGGCAGGAGACGUAUGUUCGGGUUGUCAAUCCCGAGGCUACUAACAAAACUGAACUGCCUAUGCCAGACAAUGCACUCUUUUGUGGUGCACUUGGUAAAUUACAAAAGCCACAAGAUAUCUCUUCUGCAACUUCGAUCAUGGGCAACAGAUCGAAGAUGUUAUUCACUCUGCUGAUGAUCAUCUCCGCUGUAAUCUCCGCUUUCCACUAAGCGUUGUUGCUCAAUGUAACUUGUUGAAGUUGUGGGGACGUCUUGUUAAGAUUUGUGGUCGAGUGUGUAGGGUCUGUAAGUCUUGUGGAUACCAAAUUUUUCAUGAUUUUUGCAUAGCAUUUUUUUCUCCCCAUAUGCAAGCUGUAGAAGGAUGAAUCUUGGUUUUCCUUGUUCAUUAGAUUUGGAUUAAUCAUUCUUUUAAUUCUCGGAGUCGAUACGCAUACUGUAUGUUCUGAUAACGAUUUAUCGAUUUUCAAUACCACUGCUUUCUCAUGUGUCUCUACCAUCA